GCGAACUCUUCCGUUGCGUGCCUUCUUGCACGGCCUUUGCUGGUACCUUUCCGAUCGGGAUCUGUUCCGGCAGGAGCCCAUAUUGAUCCAGCAGUUGCUUAUCUGGCCGGUCCAGAUCACUCUGCACCGCACAAAUGGAGUGCCCAAGACCUUUUGCACUUAAUUUCCCAGAAAGAGGAAGUUGGGCGAACCCAUGCCCGUAACGGGGUCCCAGCCCGCCUUUGCAGAGAACCCUUUCGUGCCGCAACCGGGAUUCGUGCCAGAGAUAAU